UCCUGACGUCAUCACCGCGCACCGCCGCCCUCGCCUCCCUUCACUUCGCGGGAGAAGUUGUUGGCGCGAGUGGAUGCCGAGCGCUGCUAACGGAUUCCCCCCGCCGUCCCGCCCGCCCACCAGCGCCUGAUCCUGGGGCUGCGAUGGACAUUCGGAAAUUCUUUGGUGUUAUACCAAGUGGAAAGAAACUUGUAAGUGAAACAAUAAAGAAGAAUGAAAAAUCAAAGUCUGCUGAAGAAACUUUAAAAGCAAAGAAAGGAAUAAAGGAAAUUAAGGUAAAUAGCUCUUGUAAAGAGGAUGACUUCAAACUGAAGCAACCAAACAAGAAAAAGAGGAUCAUCUAUGAUUCAGAUUCAGAGUCAGAGGAGACAGUGCAGGUAAAAAAUGCCAAAAAGCAACCAGAAAAAUUGUCUUCUAAAUCUGGUAAAAUUUUACGGCAGGAUCCUGUUACAUAUGUUUCAGAAACAGAUGAAGAAGAUAACUCUACAUGUAAGAAGGCAGCCUCUAAGUCAAAAGAGAAUGGAGCAUCUACAAAUAGUUAUCUCGGAACAUCAAACACAAAAAAGAAUGAAGAAAACACUAAGACCAAAAAUAAGCCUUUGUCACCAAUAAAACUUACACCCACAUCGGUGCUUGAUUAUUUUGGUACUGGCAGUAUCCAAAGAUCAGAUAAAAAGAUGGUGGCAAGCAAGAGAAAAGAGUCUUCACAAAAUACAGACGAGUCUGGAUUAAGUGAUGAAGCCAUUGCCAAGCAAUUGCAACUUGAUGAAGAUGCAGAGCUGGAAAGGCAACUGCAUGAAGAUGAAGAGUUUGCCAGAACAUUAGCCAUGUUGGAUGAAGAACCCAGGACUAAAAAGGCCCGAAAGGACACAGAAGAGGGAGAAACGUUUUCAUCUGUCCAAGCCAGUUUAAGUAAAGCAGGAAAACAUAAAUACCCUCAUAAAGCAGAACAAUUUUCAGAUGAAAGAAAGAGCUACAGUCCUAAGAAGCAAACUAAAUGUGAAAGUUCAAAAGAAUCUCAGCAACAUUCCAAGCCAUCAGCUAGCAAAAUAGGAGAGUCUUCUCCAAAGGCCAGUUCUAAGUUGGCACUCAUGAAAAAAAAAGAAGAUAGCUCUUAUAAAGAAACAGAGCCUGUGGCCUCAAAAAGAAAAGAAAAUUCCAUUGAAUUGAAAGGAGACACAAAAACUCCUAAGAAAACCAAAAGUUCUCCUGCUAAAAAAGAGUCUGUAAGUCCUGAAGAUUCAGAAAAGAAACGCACUAAUUAUCAAGCUUAUCGAAGCUACUUAAAUCGAGAAGGUCCCAAAGCUCUGGGCUCCAAAGAAAUACCCAAGGGAGCUGAAAAUUGCUUGGAAGGCCUUACAUUUGUAAUCACAGGAGUGCUGGAGUCUAUUGAACGGGAUGAGGCCAAAUCUCUAAUUGAACGUUAUGGGGGUAAAGUAACAGGAAAUGUCAGCAAAAAAACAAACUACCUUGUCAUGGGCCGUGAUAGCGGGCAGUCCAAGAGUGAUAAGGCAGCAGCCUUGGGAACAAAAAUUAUUGAUGAAGAUGGCCUAUUAAAUCUGAUUCGAACUAUGCCAGGCAAGAAGUCCAAGUAUGAAAUAGCAGUUGAAGCCGAGAUGAAGAAAGAAAAGUCCAAAUUAGAAAGAACGCCCCCAAAAAAGGCCCAAGGAAAAAGAACAAUUAGUCCAACCAAAAAGGACUCGGAAUCUAAAAAGAGUAAGCUGAUUCCCAGGAGGGACAGUUCUCUAAAGCCAGCCAACAAGGAAGCAGGUGUGUUUCGGAAAGGCCUAGGCUUCCAGGAGCAGGUGGCUGAGGAGACAGGUGGUAACAGCAAGUCUAGGAAUUUGCCUGAUGACAGCAGUGAAAGCAAAGUGGAAGAUUUGCUCUGGGUGGACAAAUACAAGCCAACCUCACUCAAGACCAUCAUUGGGCAGCAAGGUGACCAGAGCUGUGCCAACAGACUCCUACGCUGGCUCCGAAACUGGCCCAAGAGUUCUUCCGAGGAGAAAAAACACGCUGCAAAGUUUGGUAAAUUUGCCGGCAAAGAUGAUGGCUCUAGUUUUAAAGCAGCGUUGCUGUCAGGCCCCCCGGGUGUUGGCAAAACUACCACAGUGUCCCUGGUGUGUCAGGAAUUGGGCUACAGCUACGUGGAACUGAAUGCAAGUGACACUCGCAGUAAGAACAGUUUGAAGGCAAUUGUUGCUGAGUCACUCAACAAUACCAGCAUCCAAGGCUUUUAUUCAAGUGGAGCAGGUUCUUCAGGAAGCAUGAAACACGCGCUCGUCAUGGAUGAAGUAGAUGGCAUGGCGGGCAAUGAGGACAGGGGAGGAAUUCAGGAAUUAAUUGGCCUGAUAAAACAUACUAAAAUUCCUAUUAUUUGUAUGUGCAACGAUAGAAAUCAUCCCAAGAUUCGCGCUUUGGUUCAUUAUUGUUUUGAUCUUCGAUUUCAAAGACCUCGAGUUGAACAGAUUAAGGGUGCUAUGAUGUCUAUUGCAUUCAAAGAGGGUUUAAAGAUUCCCCCUCCUGCUAUGAAUGAAAUAAUUUUGGGAGCCAAUCAGGAUAUCAGACAGGUUUUACAUAAUCUGAGUAUGUGGUGUGCACGAAGUAAGGCAUUAACCUAUGACCAGGCCAAGGCAGAUUCUCACAGGGCCAAAAAGGACAUCAAACUGGGCCCAUUUGAUGUAGCCCGGAAAGUGUUUGCAGCUGGAGAGGAGACUGCUCAUAUGUCACUUGUGGACAAAUCAGAUCUCUUUUUUCAUGAUUAUUCAAUAGCACCCCUCUUUGUCCAGGAGAACUACAUACAUGUAAAGCCUGCGGCUGCAGGGGGUGACAUGAAAAAGCACUUGAUGCUUUUAAGCCGAGCAGCGGAUAGCAUAUGUGAUGGGGACUUAGUAGACAGUCAGAUCCGGAGUAAGCAAAACUGGAGUCUUCUGCCCACUCAGGCCAUUUAUGCCAGUGUUCUUCCUGGGGAGCUGAUGAGGGGCCACAUGACCCAGUUUCCCACCUUCCCGAGCUGGCUGGGGAAGCACUCGUCCACAGGAAAGCAUGACCGUAUUGUUCAGGACCUGGCAUUGCAUAUGAGUCUCCGAACUUACUCCAGCAAAAGGACUGUCAACAUGGAUUAUCUGUCACACAUACGGGAUGCACUGGUACAGCCCCUGACCUCACAAGGGGUGGAAGGAGUACAGAAUGUUGUUGCACUUAUGGACACAUAUUAUUUGGUGAAAGAAGACUUUGACAAUAUCAUGGAAAUUAGCAACUGGGGUGGCAAACCCAGUCCCUUUUCCAAGCUGGAUCCCAAGGUGAAAGCGGCCUUCACAAGAGCAUACAAUAAGGAAGCCCACCUAACGCCAUACUCACUUCAGGUAGUAAAGACAUCUCGACACAGCACAAGCCCAUCACUGGACUUGGAAUACAGCGAAGAGUUAAAUGAAGAUGACUCUCAGUCUGAUGAGAAAGACCAAGAUGCUCUAGAAACUGAUGCCAUGAUCAAGAAAAAGACAAGAUCUUCAAAGCCAUCAAAACCAGAAAAAGACAAGGAGUCCAGAAAAGGAAAAGGAAAAGGAAAAAGUUCAAAGAAAUGAAACCAUUUUUCACUACCGACAGCCACUUUUGACUCACCCUCCCGACCAGUUAGCUGGUCUAGAGAAAGUCUUGUUUUUUCCAGAACAACCAUGUUUUAGCAUAAUGGGAUGGACCUGCGACCCCAUUAUAAAUCAAGGGCAGUACAGCUAGAAGGACUGACCAGCAGGCUCACGUACACCUCUUAUAGAGGUUAUAGGACCGUUUGAGUCCUUCACUGUGCCGCCCAUCGAGUUAGUUUGUUGUGCUUCAGAAUGACUGUACAUAAUUGGAACGAACAAUUGGGCGUGGGGUCUGAUUUUAGUUCACAUCAGCCUGGGGCAGUGGCACUAAGGCAUCUUUUGUAGCUUGAGAAUUUAUCCUAAUAGCCUUUAUAUAGGACUGAUGCUGAGUUUUUAAAAGGUAUUUCCUAUUAUGUGGUGAAAUUUUGUAAAUAAAUCAUAAUACAAAAGUCACCACCUAUAACUGGAUAUUAUUUGUACAUUGUCAAAUAUAAAUUAGGAAUAAAAAUGUUCCACAGGAGAAAUGUACAGAUUCUUCUUAAGCUUGUCAUCUUGUACAGCAAAAUGUGGCAUUGGUAUGUGACUCUCCUUGUGGAUUUGCAGAUGACUGGAUGAGAGGUUCGCUGUAUUCCUUGCUGACAGUUGUGUGGAGUGUCACAUUGGCGGCUGAAGAGUCAGGACUUCAUUUCCCAGUUUCAUUCCCUCUGACUGUGCUGACCACAGCUCUGCUGUCACCAGAGGGCGUGGGGACUGCAGAAGGAUGGUCACACACACUGAUCCUUCCCAUCGGGGUCAGGCCAGUAGGCCCGAGGCUGGGCAGAUUCUCAGGCUCCCUCUGGCGAAGGACAUGAACACUGGCUCUUGUUCACUUUGUCCCUGGCAGAUGGGGUUCUGUCCUGUGAUGGAUUCCACACAAACUCUGGUGGAAGUUUAGGUUGUUCCUGUAACUCUACUAGCUGAGUGGCCCUGAGGCUGUGAUCUAGCCUGGAACUUAGGUGCCUGGCUACUUUUCAAUCUUGCUGGUACAUGUUCAGAGGUAUGUGCCUACCUCUGUGAGGUAUAUGCUAAAAGGAAUGUAAGCUAAGGAGAGUAUUCCCUGCCCUUAUGGGACUGAUACGAGAUAUACAGUUCUUGAAACAUUUAAAAUGUAUUUACCAGUGUGAAAAAUGACCUUCAUGGAGAUUAAUUGGUUACGGAAAUAAAACAUUGCCUUAAGACUUCACUUGCCGAGUCACACCCCUCUCUGUUAAGCCUGGCUUCAGACUUUCUGCAUCAGUAAAGAUUUCCUCACCAGUGGGUGAGUAUGGCUUUUUUACUCACAUUCUUCCAUUUCUAUGACUUUUGGAUAUACAAGUCAUGUCUUGCUAGUUGCUCUGUACCCGGAAAGGGACUAUAAUCUCACAGUGAACGGUAUUCUUCACUUGUUCAUUCUGAUUUAGUUUUUAAGUGCUCUAAACACAGAUUGGCAUAAUAUGCAUAUAAAAUAAAUUUUUUAGGAUUAGAAAUUGUAAUACUCCCUUUACUAUAUGGAGGAUCCCAACACAGGUCUGAGUCCUUUGAAGCCUUCAUGACCAUGAGGGGAAUGACAGGCUAAUGGCAGGUGGGAGUUGGUGGUUGUGUAGUGGUUUGGGGGUGAUUAAGUCUUUAUUGGAGCCACUUAUGCCACACAUUGUCUUUGCAGCAUAAAACUUUGUAGAUGCUCUUUUUGAGAUCCAUUGUGUCUUGACCAUUUUGUUAUCUGUAACAGACUAUUUAGCUUUUUUCCUUCAUCUUUUUAAAUUUUGGCAGUUCUGUAGCACUAUUAUUUGACCUCUUGAAGUUAUUAACAUGGAGCAGAUUGUUAUAUGUACUAGGACGGGUGUCUUCCUAAAAAGUUAUGAUAUACUUAUGCUCAUGGGUAAAAGUCUAUGGCUUGAAACUUGCAAAAUAUAAUGUGUUCACCUCACACA